AUGUCGGUGGCAGCGAGGUUGACCACAGGGUUGAGUGUGCUGACUCGAGUGCGUGUUGGGUGGAGCGGGUGGCUUCUUGCGUCCCCCAAGAAGAAGACGUCGCACAUGAAGCGUCGGAUGCGGCAGCUGGGCCCGCACGCGACACGGUCCACUGCGCCACUGCACAGUCUUGGCCGGUGUCCCUCCUGUGGCCAUAUCAAGAGACAGCACACUCUGUGCAUGUACUGUGUGGGUGAGAUCAAGCACCUCUGGAAGACCCGGGGCGCAGUGGAGGGAGAGAAGGAGGCGGGGGGGGAGGUGGACCCCUCGUUGUACCCUGGGCGCAGGGACACCGCUGAGCGUGAGAAACUACGCGACAGGGACAGCUACUUGCAGAAGCGUCCACGAACGUUGCCGCAUGAGAAUUGA